GUGUGUGUGUCAGUCAGUGUCAACCGGAAGUGAAGCAUGGGAGCAGCUUCCAGUGUGACCCAUGAGUUUAAUGUGCGUGAUUCACCACAAACUUCAGGAAAAAUGUACUCAGUUUGCAAGUUUUAAUGCCAAGCUUGCGCCAUCUACAGAAACGACUCGUAAAUUAAAUGGUCCUCAGAGGCAGGUUAUUCUCAAGGGAUCCAUGUAACUGCCUUCUGGAGCCAGACACUUUUUCUUGUUUACUCAUGGCUUAAUUUUAAAGUGAAGCUGUGGAAAUUAUUCUGGCCUCUGAAAGGUCUACGUUACUGGUGAAACAUGCCCUUACCAUUUGGAUUAAAACUUAAGAGAACACGAAGAUAUACUGUCUCCAGCAAGAGUUGUCUGGUCACACGCAUACAGCUGCUUAAUGGCGAAUUUGUGGAGUUUACACUUUCUGUGGAGAGCACAGGCCAGGAAUGUUUGGAAGCAGUUGCUCAGAGACUCGAGUUGCGAGAGAUAAUGUAUUUCAGUCUCUGGUACUUUAACAAACAAAACCAGCAGCGAUGGAUUGAUUUAGAAAAGCCUCUGAAGAAACAGCUUGACAAGUAUGGACAGGAACCCACUGUUUACUUUGGAGUCAUAUUCUAUGUGCCGACAGUUUCCCAGCUACAGCAAGAGAUAACCAGAUACCAGUAUUACCUCCAGCUGAAGAAAGAUGUUCUGGAGGGCAGGGUUCCUUGCUCAAUUGAACAAGCCAUCCGGUUAGCUGGCUUGGCUGUACAAGCCGACUUUGGAGACUUCAACCGCUAUGAUUCGCAGGAAUUUCUUCAAAAAUUUGUUCUUUUUCCCAUGGAAUGGAUUCAAGAUGAGAGGGUUGUUGAAGAAGCCACUCAAAAAGUUGCCCUGCUUUAUCAAAGCUACCGAGGUAUGCCAGUACCAGAAGCAGAAUUGUUGUACAUGCAAGAAGUGGAGAGGAUGGAGGGCUAUGGUCAAGAAAGUUUUCAAGCAAAGGACAGCCAGGGUGCAGACAUACUCAUUGGAUCCUGUCUGGAAGGGAUUUUUGUUAAGCACAAAAAUGGCCGAGCACCUCUUUUGUUCCGAUGGAAUGACAUUAACAACAUGACUCAUAACAAGUCUUUUUUUGCCCUGGAGCUGGCCAACAAAGAAGACACCAUUCAGUUUCAGACUGAGGACAUGGAGACUUCCAAAUAUGUGUGCAGAAUGUGCCUGGCACGGCACAGAUUCUAUAAGAUCAACAAAAGUACUCUAGAGGAAUCUGAUGUUCCACCUUCUGAAAGCUCCCAGAAGUCCAUUCUCACUCUAUCAUUUCCACGCUUUCCAAUGCUCUCUCGUCCCUCUCUGCCUUCUAACAAGGGCCAACCCGAACCAGCACCAGUGAACCCAGUAAGACGGCGCUCCUCCACAAGAAUUUCAAUGCCCAAGCCUCAGACAUACAUGAUGCCUCCACCUCAGUUGCACUACAAUAGCCAUUACCGGGAGCCGUACAAAUCCUCUCAAGACAAUCUUUACAUGAACAAUCACAACGGUUACUACUACCACUCUCAGAGCAGCCUAGACCACUCACCACAUGAGUACAAUGGAAGAAUCCGGAAUGGCAGUGUGUACAGCGCCCACAGCACCAGUUCCCUCACCAACCCACAACACUACAUGCAGCCAUCACCAAUGUCCUCAAAUCCAAGCAUCACAGGCAGUGACAUCGCACGGCCUGACUAUGUGCCUUCUCAACGCCACAGUGUCCUGAUACCACCCUCGUACCGUGCCACACCUGACUACGAGAGCGUCAUGCGCCAGAAAAACCACAGUGCCAUGGCAGCCAUGUCUGAGCGUCACAGCCACUCUAUGAGGAACCUCAACAUUGGUAACUCGUAUGCCUACAGCCGACCUGAUCCGCUUGUGUACAGCCAGCCUGAGAUCCGUGAGCACAGAGGAACAGCAGCUCAGUAUCACCUCCACUACAGCUUUCACAGCCCAUCGCCAUACCCAUACCCAGGCGAGAGGAGGCCAGUGGUGGGCGCAGUCAGCGUGCCUGAACUCACUGAUGUGCAGCUGGCGCAGGCCCAUGCUUACCCUGUGCCCAACAUCAUGGGAACUCAGGUGUACCGACCACCUCCACCUUACCCCUACACCCGCCCAAGGCCAGCCAACAGCACACCUGACCUGUCACGUCACCUUCAUGCAAGUAGCAGCAGCCCUGACCUGAUCACACGCCGUGUACACCACUCAGUGCAGACUUUUCAGGAAGAUAGCCUGCCAGUGGCACACUCACUACAAGAAAUGAGCGAGCCGCUCAUCCCCGCCACCACACGACGCCCUUACACACACAAGCGUAACUCUAUUGAGCUUGCUGGCCUGACGUAUGGUCUGGAAACCAUGCGACUGAAGGAGAGGACUGUUUCCAUUUCUGCCUCUGAGACUCCAUCCAAGCUCGCGCCACCUGGUGCUCUCCCUGUCUCUGCCUCUACCUCUGAGGUAGACGUCUUCCAGGAGCAAAGUGAGGCUGAGGACAUUGUUCUGAAAGAGGAUGUGCACUACGGGCACAAAAAAUCCUUAUCUGAUGCGACCAUGCUGGUCCACAGUAGUGGAGAGGAAGAGGAAUUUGAGGAUGAAGGCGGCCGACACACCCCCCAGUCUCAGGAUGCAGUAGCAGCUCCGAAGGAACACAGCAAUGUUCUGGAAAUCCCUCUAGUGGAGACACCUCUGCCUGCCUAUCCUUUCAGCCCCAGUUUGGAUCAGGUCAUCCCCAACCCGCUGGGUUUUCAACCCCAGCCUCGUAUUCGCGAGCAGGAUGAGACAGGAUCUCUGUACCCAUUUAGUGAGACAGAUGCCAUCACGCCUUCAGUUUCCGAAGGAGAUCUGAGCAACCAAAGUCGAUGGAAGCCUAAAAGAGAGCUGUUAAAAAAAAGACCUGUCUCAGAUGUGCCUUCUACACGAAGAAACAUUGAUGGCCUUCCACCACCUGGCAUGAAGAAGGGCAUUCGUUCAGAGAUGAAGAAGACGAGUCCGCUGAAGCUGGCGACACUCAAUGGCUUGACACUCGCCCGAAUGCCCAUACCUGAUGAGGGCAAAGACGAGCACGGGAAAGCUUCUAAUGACGACAGGUGUAAGCUACUGGAGCAACACAUGGAGCAGGGCCUGGUGUUUACAGAAUAUGAGCAAAUGCCAAAGAAAUGGCCCAGCAGUGAGUGCAGCAUCGCUCAGCUGCCUGAGAAUGCAGAGCGAAACCGCUUUCAGGAUGUGCUACCUUACGAUGACACACGGGUAGAGCUUGUGCCCACUAAAGAGAACAACACAGGAUAUAUCAACGCCUCGCAUAUCAAACUUACAAUAGGAGGAGAGGAGUGGAAUUAUAUUGCAGCUCAGGGUCCCCUCCCUAACACAUGUCAAGACUUCUGGCAGAUGGUUUGGGAACAAGGGGUUGCAAUUAUUGCAAUGGUUACUGCUGAAGAGGAGGCAGGACGAGAAAAGAGCUUCCGUUACUGGCCCCGUCUAGGCUCCCGCCACAACACAGUUACAUACGGACGCUUUAAGAUCACCACACGUUUUCGCACAGAUUCAGGUUGCUAUGCUACCACCGGCCUGAAGAUUAAACACCUACUGACAGGCCAGGAGCGAACUGUCUGGCACCUGCAAUACACAGAUUGGCCUGACCACAGCUGUCCUGAAGAUUUUAAAGGUUUUCUGGCAUAUUUGGAGGAGAUUCAGUCUGUGAGGCGGCACACCAACAGCACCAGCGAUCCAAAGAACACAAACCCGCCCGUGCUUGUUCACUGCAGUGCAGGGGUGGGGCGCAGUGGCGUGGUCAUUCUCAGUGAGAUCAUGGUCGCCUGUCUGGAACAUAAUGAGAUGCUGGACGUCCCUACUGUUCUUGGCCUGCUGCGACAGCAACGCAUGAUGAUGGUGCACACUGUUUCCCAAUACACCUUCAUUUACAAAGUUCUAAUACAGUUUCUUAAAAACUCCAGACUUAUAUAAGCUCACAUUGUUGGCUAUGCUGCCACACGCCUGCACAAUGUUGUUGUCAUAACUGGAAAAGAUCAUUAGGCCUCACAGGAUUUUGCAGAGUGUGAAAGGGCAGUGUGCUGAAGGGAGACUGAGAUGGACUGCAAUCGCCUUACUUCCACUUCAUGAGCACUUUCUCUGAGUAUUAGUGAAGGAUCAGAAGAAGCUAGGGCAGGUAUGAAGGAUGCUGCAAACCAGCAUAUACAUUAUCAUCAAUCAGUAUUAUUCAGUUAUUUCACUGUGGAGUUUUACACUAUACGAUUGCUACUAAUGAAUCUCAGCACUUUUAUUUUACUAUAUUGAGCAAAUGACACUAAUGCUGCAUCUUUAUUGUUAAAUGUAUAACAAUAUUGAUUGCUUUUUUUUUUUAAAUGUUUUUUUCUUUCUUAAGCAUAUCAUGGUUGAUAGUUGAAGGUUUACUGAGUUGAAAUGAAAAUUUUGGUCCCAGUGUUUAAGGUGUGCAAGUGUAAGGUUGAAAAUGAAGGAUCUUUUGUGUAUUUUAUGAUGACUACGUUUGUCAUCUUAAAAUGUUAUGUGCUCAAAAUGAAGGAUAACUAAAGCUAUAUGGCUCUGCACUCUCUUGAGGUUUGCAAUUAUGUAUGCAGUCCAUAACAAGUAAUGAAGUAAUGUGUUAUGCUUAAAAAUUACACACACUGCACAGCAGUUUUGUGCAUCAUGGGUAAGGUUACAACCAAAAAGAAGUUGAGAUGUUUAUAUGUAUGUAUAUAUAUAUAUGUGUGUGUGCGCGCGUGUGUAUGUAUGUGUAUAUAAUCUCAUACGCAAGUAUUAUAAAAUAAUUUAUAAUGUUCUAUAUCCCAUGUGUGUCUGAAAGGAUUUAUUAUACCCAAGAAACAACUAUUUUAGCAGGAUUCUAAUACUAACAACCAAAGAGGUGUCGGACAUGAUUUUGGAGAUUUAUAAACAAUAGCGAAACUUUUGUUUUUAUUUGCUGUUUAUAGCUUAGUUCCUUAGCCAAAUGACAAAUGAUAAUCUACCAAAGAAGCUGCAUUUUCCAGCUGAGAUUGUUACCGAACUUUUUAAAUAACAUAAAGCAUUCUAAACUCUGAUAGAACAAAAUAAGAGACAGAGUAUAAUGAAAUUGAGGUAAUGUUCCAUGUUAGUUUAAUCCAUGUGUUGCACAUAUAAUAGAAGCUUUUCAGUUAUUGCCAAACCUGGAGAUCAACUGUGAUGCAAGCGAUUGCAGUCUGUUCAUCUCUUACCUACAUUUCACCACAAAAUCAGACACGAAUCAUAACUUUAUUGUCUACAAAUUGAGCUGAGGCAAGGACCUGCCUGAAUCUGCUGUAGAAUCAGGAAUUACAAGCAUUAACAACGCUUCACUGUAAAGAACAUCACUAUGUAGACUCCAAUUCAAUAUCAUCACCUUUUAAGUUUAUGCUGUUUUUAUGCAUUGUUUAGAGUAUGAAUGCUACUGAAUUGAUCACUCCCGCACUGAACUGGAUUGUCUUUGCACCCCCAGUGCAUGUAAGUUAAUCAUAAUAAUUCGUCCAAAACAUUUUAGUGUGUCCAUUGGCUGCAGAAUACAUUUGUUUCGGCAAUACAUGACUCAGAGUUGUGCCAAUGUAUCUCUAGUGUUUUGUACAAAUAAUUAUUGCAAAAUGGAAACGUUUCAUAACACAAAUUACUGUUGUCAAGCCUGUAUGAAGUUACAGGGAGACUUGGAUUUUGAAUAGGCUUAGCUUUAGAGUGAAGGCGAUUUCUGUUGAAAUUGGUAGUUUUCUACAAAUUAGGUCUAGACACAUUAAAAGUCUUUUCUUACUUAGAAAUCAAAUGUAAUGGGAAGAAAUUUUUUUAUGUUGACUUAACAGUGAUUGCAAUCUUGUGAAUAUUACUCGAAGAUUUUGAUGUAGAAGCAAAUAGAAAUAUUUUAUUUCAUCAGCACUGCAGAGAUAUUUUUGACUAUUCAACAUAUUACCUCAAUCAAAUGGUUUGUUGUUUGUUUUUAAGAGGGCGUGUUGUAUUCAAUAGCAUUCAGAGUUCCUGGAAAUCUAGAAACGGUGCUAAGAUCCAAAAUCUUCAGGGUGAAAUGCAGACAAUGUCCAAGCAACUCUGACGGAACUAGUUUGCGUGCUUUUUUUUUUUUUUUAAAUAAUUAAACAGAUGUAUUCAAAUACAAAUAGGCUACUCUUUGAAUGUGUCAUGUGUUUGGAAUCUCAGUUACUGUGCUUUGUUUCUAAAAGGGCAGAUCAUUUUUCAAUUGUCAAAGAGAGCUAAGCUUCUCCUUUAAAUAAAUUCACCUUCAUAAGUCAUAAACCAGUUUUAUCCCCCAAAAUGCUGUAUUUUUGUACCAUUUGUUUUGCAUGUAUAUUAAGCAUAAGGGUGGGCUAUGUCCCUUUAUAUAGACUCAAAUUAACUUGGAGUUUAUAUGAAAGCAUGGAUGUAGAAUGAAUCGAGUUCACGUUUGAUUGCAUCAUCCCUAACAUAGAUCAAGGUUUACAAAGUCACUGGGAGAUAUGCCAUAUCUACACCAUUAGCAUUUAUACCAUACGUUUACUUAUGGCUUGCUCAUUUGCGCAUAGAUACCCAAAAUGCCCAGUUUUGCCAAGACUCUUAAGAUAAACACUCCGUUACAAAACUAUCCUAUUAUAAUUGUCUGUAGUUCAUUUCUACUUGGGCAACAGCAUCUUUUUUCCAGACUGUCUCACUGACAUCUAUAAAUAUUAAAGAAUAUUUGAAUUUAAAUGGAAGUGCAGGUUGCAUACAAAUUUGUGCUUUGUUUACAAAUGUCAAAUCUUCCAAGCUGGAUUCAUGAGUUAGUAUUUACAGUGCCUACUUCUCCCACUUAUGUUACUAUAAAUACAGUAUUAUGGAAAUUAAAUAAAUAUUAUGAACAAAAGAUAACACUGACAGCUAUAGUUAGUGUUGUUUUGUUUUUUAAUAUAUGUAAAGAAAUAUCAUACUGUUUAUAUUGUUAAUUUGUAGUCAUAUUGAGCAUUAAUGGCCAUUUAUUUGCAUUAGCAAUACUGGUGUCUGUCUGUUUUGUCUUAUGGGUUGAGGAUGUAUACUAUAAAUCAUCAGAAUUGAUACCCCAAUGUAAAUUACUUGUCCAGAAAAAAGCUUUCAUUCAGCAAAUAAAUAUUUUAAAUAAA